AUGGAUAUCUUCAACGGCAGUCUGAUUGACCUCAGCUCUAAUAUCUCUGCCCUGCUCUGCGAACUCGACUUGGAAAAUUACACCAUUUUCUGCUUGGACCACUCUCCCCGGACUUUUAAAGAAUUGGACCAGACAGUGCGGAUCUUCCUCUAUUCCUUGAUUUUUUUACUCAGCGUCGCGGGGAAUACCUUGGUGAUCACAGUGCUGAUCAGAAACAAGAGGAUAAGGACGGUCACCAACUUAUUCCUGCUGUCACUGGCCAUCAGCGACCUCAUGCUGUGCUUCUUCUGCAUGCCUUUCACCCUGAUCCCCAACCUCCUACAGGAUUUUAUUUUUGGCAGCCCGCUCUGCAAAAUUACCAGCUAUUUCAUGGGUGUCUCAGUGAGCGUAUCAACUUUUAGCCUGGUGGCCAUCUCUCUUGAGAGAUACAGUGCCAUAUGCAAACCCUUGCAAUCUCGGGUCUGGCAGACCAAAUCCCAUGCCUUGAAGGUAAUCGCGGCCACGUGGUGCCUGUCCUUUGUCAUCAUGACGCCCUACCCAAUUUACAGCACACUGGUGCCUUCAGUGCUUCCUAACAGCACCACAUCCAAGUGUCGUAUUAAUUGGCCAAGCACAGUGAUCGAGCAGUCCUGGUAUAUUUUCCAACUCCUCAUCCUUUUCCUUAUCCCGGGGAUCGUAAUGAUGAUAGCGUAUGGAUUAAUAUCCUUGGAGCUCUAUAGAGGAAUAAAAUUUGAUGCAAGCAACAGAAAAUCUUCUCGAGAAAGGAAAGCUAGCGAGAGCAGCAGCGGCAGGUACGAAGAUGGGGAUGGUUGCUAUCUGAAGAAGAACAAGAAGCAGCAGCAGCGGCAGCAGCUACCGCUCCGCCAACUUUCGUCCCUCAGCUCCUGCAGCAACAGCCAGAAGAUUGAGCGUCCAAGGAGCAGCUCCUCCUCAGCCAACCUGAUGGCUAAGAAGCUAGUGAUCCGAAUGUUGAUUGUGAUUGUGAUCCUGUUCUUCAUCUGUUGGACGCCCAUCUUCAGCGUCAACACCUGGAGGGCCUUUGACUCCACUUCGGCUCAACUCCUGCUCUCAGGAGCUCCCAUCUCGUUCAUCCAUUUGCUCUCCUACACCUCCGCCUGCGUGAACCCCAUUGUCUAUUGCUUCAUGAACAAACGUUUCCGCUUGGGUUUCCUCGCGACCUUCACUUGCUGCACCAAGCCACGCCUUCCAGCCGCCCGGGCAGAGGUGGGAGAGGACGAGGAAGGAAAGACCACGAGAGCGUCCCUUUCCAGGUACUCUUACACCCACAUGAACAUGGCUGCCCCUUCAUGA